GCGGCGGCGGGCCAUGGCGUUCACGCUGUACUCGCUGCUGCAGGCCGCGCUCCUCGUCGUCAACGCCGUCGCCGUGCUGCACGAGGAGCGCUUCCUCCGACACGUUGGCUGGGGAAGCGAUCAAGGGAUUGGAGGAUUUGGAGAGGAACCAGGAAUUAAAGCCCAGCUAACGAACCUUAUUCGAUCUGUACGAACCGUUAUGAGAGUGCCAUUAAUCGCAGUGAACUCCGUUACAAUCGUUCUCCUCCUGUUGUUUGGUUGAAGGUAUCUGUUGUGAAAUCCUUUGGACCUCCAAAGAAAUGCGUUGCUAACCAUCACUGCUCUGCGUUUUCUGGGAUCCGGCACGGUUUAGCUAUCAAUUUGACAUUCAACUUCAAAUAAUAAAGACACUAUUUCUAUUUAUCCUAUUUCCUAAUGUUCACUUGCAGUUUCAUUAAACAAGAUAAUGGGAUCAAUGCAACAAUGCUGCAAAUAUAUCGGACUGUGACAAGUUCUGUUGCUGCCUGUUAAUAGCGUUGACUGUUAGAGUAUAUGCGUCGUAACGUAUUGCAAUGAUUGUCAAUAGGAUGCGGUUUUUAAAUGUCUCGUUACUCAGGGAUGAAUUUCCUUCAGUACACUUCCCAGUUUAUUUUUAAAUUUAAAAAAAACCCCAGUGUCUUUUUUUUAUUUCAAUUACUACCACAGUACUAUUUAAGAGAAUAUGAAUUAGGCUCUGAAAACAUGUUAUAAAUUAUUGAAGUACAGUCGUGGUAUUGAGGGAGACAAAACUUGCUGGGGAAAGACCCGAUUCAGUUCACACUGGAAGUCGGGAUUUUCCCGGUUUGAUUGAGAACGGGAUUUUUCUCUUGGUGUUUGGUAGCCUUUUCCAAUCAAUAAUAUUUGAUGCUGAUGGUGAAGGAAGUUGAAAAGAGGUGCAAUUGCUAUGCAAAAUCUAAAAAAGCUGUACCUAAAGCUGGGCAACUCUGUGUUAAUUUAGACUAGCAGGUGAUAUUAGUGAUUAGCCAUUUUGUUACUGUUCUGUCAUGGAUUAUUAUACUUUUUAAAAUGCGUGUUAAACUUCUGCGUGGUGUUCAGCGUCUUGGAAGUGGGGAACCAUUUGUGUUCUGAGCUGCUUGGGAAACGCAGAGGGGAAUGCUGUGCCCUUUUCAAAUGCAACGCUUUGUUAAAACCAGCAAAUUUGUGGCCUCUUCUAUUACUGCUGCGUCUUCUCCCGCCCUCCAUCUUCCUUUGUUAAAUUAAUAACUUUGAAAUGGAAAGUCUGGGUAUGAUCUUGGCAGUUCUGUCGCAGAGACUAAUGCUAAUUGCUUUGGUACAGAUCUUGUCUCAAUUAAGGCUGCUGGGUUAGGUCCAAUGUUAUAUAGCAAGUCUGAAUUGAAGAAGGAUGAUUCUCAUGUACUUUUUUAGAGAAGUUGGAAGUCUGAUGUCUGUUCCUCUGCUAAAGUGUUUGAGCUUAUUUUUCAAGUGGGGAAAGCCAAAGGAAACCUGGCAGUUUCAUUAUUUCAGAACAGCUUAGUUUAUCAUCUCUUCUUCCGACGUCUUGAUGACUAAAGCAUACGCCGUUGUGUACAAAGAUAAAUCUGUAAAAUGUGUAAAUUAAUUUAAUGAUCUUCAACUGCAGUGUUUUGCAGAGUAGAGUAUACCCAGGAAGAGAGUUUUAUGUUGUUCCCUUUUUUUAGUGAAAACCUGUAAAUAAAUUCUGAAUUUCUAAGUUAA